CUCCGACAGGGACAGCCAAUGCAUAUUCAAGGCUAGCUGGACUAUGGAGCUUAUCUGAGGUGAUUACCUGCCUGUCAAGAACUCAGCUGUACAAAGACUUGUCUUGGUGACUGUUGUUUUGUGAAGCGCAAGCCUGGCCACACCAACAGUGAAGUUGACUGCAUGUUCCUAUAUUGCCGUGGUUGGAGAUAGAACAGCCAACAGAAUGAAGCCUGGAUUUCUCAUCAUGCCUAAUUACAGGUGUGAGAGCUGCACAUUUGUUGGCAAGAACAGGAAGCACUUGGCCAAUCAUGUAGCCUUAAACCAUAGCACCCGCGUUUAUCGGUGCAGCCUGUGUGCAUUUGUUACUCGCUACCAGGCCAACUUUUACCGGCACAGGCGAAGCAUUCACAAGCUCAAUAGUGCCAAUGUAUGCGAGAUGUGUGGCCAGUUGUGUGACAACCAAGAUGAGCUUGUAGCACAUACCUCAAAUGAACACCCACAGUUUUUGGAUGUGCUUCUGAGGAAGCUAGAAGCUAAGAGAAUACGGUAUGCAAAAUUUGCUGCAAAAGUGAACAUGGGGGACGGAGAAAAUGCCCAUGCAGCUUUAGAACAAGUACCUGAGAAUGAUUUUAUGCCAGAAGUGGUCACUGGUGAUGUCACAGAUGAAGCGCAUUCAGAAAAUGGCGCAUCUGAAGAACAGAGUGAAGGUGUUGGACAGUUGAGGAAAAGGCCACGUGAGAGUUCACCACCUGCAUCCAACAAGAAGGGCCGUACUGGAAGGCGAACCUACACAUGUUCUGAAUGUGAUUUGGUAACCAAGUGGCCAAGAGAGUUUCUCAGCCAUAGGAAAGAUGUCCAUGGCGAUCGAAUAAGCAUCCAUGACUGCCCCUUUUGUGAGUAUGCAUCUAAACAGCCGCAGAAACUCCAGAGACAUUGCAACAUUGUCCACAAGGAAGAGAUGAACAGUGAAAAUCAAAGGCGUGUUGUCAAGACAGUGGCACCAGUGGCACCGCAAGCUCUUGCAACUGAAGUCAGGGUGCACAUCCAAGAGAAGCUCUUCAAAUGCAGCAGCUGUAACUUCCAUGCCAGGAGCAAAGUUCAUGUGGAUGAACAUGAAAAGACUGUGCAUUUAAAGCGAAGGUUCUACCGUUGUCAGCAGUGUGGCUAUGUGUGUCAUGAGAAAGGUCGUUAUACUCGCCAUUUGCGUUUUCACAGUUUGCCGAAGAUCAAGUGCCAGUUCUGCAACUUUCAGACUUGCUACAAAUGGAACAUGGACAGGCACCUUAAGUACCACACUUCAGAUGGGGAGUUCCGCUGCAACAAGUGUGGCUUCAUGACAAUGUCUCGUAAAAGCCUCACUGCCCAUUGCUUGCAUCAUCAUAAUGAACUUUUAAAAGAUACUUCAGCUAGUGAAGGAGAAAAUACUGAACAUGAAAAUGUAGAUGAUGAUGAUGACAGACUCAUGAUCGAUGAAGAUGCUGGAGAAGACUCUGCUUCACCACCACCACCACCGCUCAGAAUGACUCUGAAACGAACUGGUGACACUGCUGUUGUUGAGACAAGUGAAGGGGCAAUGCGCAAGUGUCGAUACUGUCCUCAGCAAGUUUUGUGGCCAUCUGAGCUCAAGAGACACGAGGCAACUCAUUUUAAAAUGAAUAAGAAACACGGAUGCCCUCUUUGUCACAUUCGCUUUGACCAGCUAGACCACCUUGAGCAGCAUGUAAUGCUUGACCACCAGGAAGAACCAUCUGAGAAGAACACUGAUGCCAGUCCUGGUACAACAAGUGCACCCAUCAUUAUUGAAUUGGGAAAAACUGAUGAUUCCACAGCUCGAGCUAGCUAUUCAGGUUCUACUCAAGCCCUUGACAUCUCUAUAAAGAGCAAGCAGCCUAUGCAUACCUGCCAACGUUGUGGCUAUACCACACGUUGGAUUUCAGAACUGAGAAAACAUGAGUUGGUCCACGGAAACUUAAAACCCUUCAAGUGCACCUACUGUUCUUACACAAGUCGUUGGAAAGGUGACAUGACACGCCAUGUUUUCCGUAUGCACAAGGAGAAUACUGGAGCAGCUGACAGCCCCAGUGGAGAUGUGGAACAGGCUAAGUCCAGCCAUGUGUUGCGAUUUUUGCUGUCACAGCCAAAAAAUGCUGACCAUGAUUAUGACUCAAAGGGUUCAGAAGCAUCUGGCAGCAAGGACAGUGGAGCUAUGGCUGGGAAGUUUGCUGGAAAACCUAUUGAAAAUCAGUGUUCAUACCAGGCUGCUUCAGGAGUGCCCAGGAUUGUUCAGAAGUAUAAGUGCCCUCAGUGUUCGUUUCUGACUCGCACAGCUUCGCGAUUUCAUGUGCACAUGAUACAGCACCUCAACAAAAGACCAUUCAUGUGCUCAGCUUGCAACUAUCGCUCAAAUUGGCAAUGGGAUGUUAACAAGCACAUCAAAUCAAAGUCUGCCAAUGACUUCAAGCACAAGAAGGCUGAACUCGUGGUCAUGGAUGAAACUGGGUUUAAGAAUUAUGCCAAGUACAAGGUUCAUCUUGUGGAUGUGGAAGAAUCUGCAAAAGGUGAUAAAGUUCUUCAGUCUACACCACCUCCGAAGCCUAGUUCAGAAGAAUGCAACUGAUCCGCCCUGAUGACUGAGAACAUUGUGGUGACACCUGACAUAUUGUAUGGUGACCAAGAUUACCAGGAUGACCUGGCUGGCCCUCUACCUGACACUAGUGGACACCAACAACUUUUAUGUUGUGGCCACUGCAGCUUUACUCACAGUGAUCGCAAAGUGGUUAUUGCUCAUUUAGGCACUCAUACAUCAGUGAAACCUUAUCGUUGCCGCCUUUGUAGCUUCGUUUCAAAGUGGUACCACAUUGUUCUAAUGCAUGUGAGGCAUCGGCACAACACCGGCCCUAAAGACAUAGAAAACAAAGUUUCAUUUGUGGAGGACGGCAUUAUGUUUCGCUUGAAAGAAGAAGAAGAGCCUGCCCCACCACCUGCACCACCAAGUGCAGAACAAAAGAAUUUGAAGUGCACUAUGUGCCCUUAUCGAUGCUCUAAAGUGUGCCACAUGGAGUUCCAUAUGAAACAGCAUGUGCCGAGAGAAGGGGCCGUUUUCAAAUGCAAGUACUGCCCAUACUAUGCUAAUGUAAAGAAGACAUUGUCACGUCACAUGAAACUUCAUAGUACAGAGCAGAAGCCAGUCAUGGAAGCACUUCCUCGUUCACCUGUGAAGACAGAUGCGAAGAAACAUUCAUGCGAGCAUUGCCCGUACACGUCCGACAACAAAACGCAGUACCUGUACCACAAGCAGUUUCAUCGACCCAACAAGAAUGCUCCCCACAAGUGCACUCACUGCAAUUAUUGGUCAACCCACAGUCACCUUAUGGCCCAGCACCAAAAGAUACACAAGUCUGCUGAUGGAACAACUUUGGAUGGAGCGUCAUACAGUGGUGGCAUCCAAGCAAUGACAACAAUAGUGAAUGGCACAGCACAUCGCAUGUUCAAGUGUCGGUUCUGUCCUCUAACCAAUAAGCGCAGGGCUAAUGUGAAGAUUCAUGAACGUAUGCACACUGCAUCAAAGGGAGCCAAAUUCCAGUGUGUUCUUUGCAGCUAUCGAUGCAACAACACUGGAGUUCUCGCCAGCCAUAUGAAACUGCACAAAGCGGACAACCCGUCCUUGGACUUGAACAGAAUGAAGACAUUCUGUGAAAAUCUGAAUGCACUGCCUCCCAGGCCAGCUGUUGCCAAAAAGUCUGCUCCAGAGUCAACAGCUGCAGCAGUGCAAAGGUCAGAGUUCACAGCAGUUGAAGGACAGCUGAAGGUGGCACCACGCAAAAAGAUAUUUAGCUACUUUUGUGAGAAGUGUCCUGCCAUGUUCAAGAGCCAUACCGAUUUGGACACACAUAAGACAUACCACAACUCUGCUCAUCUCUAUCCAUGCCACUUGUGUGAUUACAGAGCCAGACACAAGCCUCAUCUGCACAAGCACCUUCUUGUCCACACACCAGAAUACGCAGAACGCCAGAACGGCUUUACGUUGGCUGAGAUUCGUAACCAAGAUCGCAGUCAGCACAUUGAGCCUGAGGUGCCAGCUGCUUUGCCGCCAGUCGCUGCAGAUCAAAUGUUACUUCUGGAGAAGGCCGAGACGCGUGCCUUUGUGGAUGCUGGUUCUCAGGGCUUGGGAGUCCAACUGCACCGCUGCACUCGUUGCCCUGCAGCCUUUCAGAAGGCUACUACACUUGAAUACCACAUUAGUCUACACGGUAGCCCAGGUGUGUACGCCUGCCACUUCUGCAACUAUGCUGCGAACAGUGCAGCCAAUGUCAAUGCACACACACACCUUCACUACCGAGGUGCAUUGAAGCAGAAACAGCCUCCCAAGAUGUUCCGAUGUGACAAGUGCCCUGCAUCAUUUUCAAAAUACAAUCGCUUUCAAAGUCACCUUACCCUCCAUGGACGCAAUGAACGAUUUCGUUGUUCGCACUGUGACUAUUCAGUCAAGUUCGCAGCAAACCUCGUUAAGCAUCGCAAGCUUCAUGAAGUUCUUGUGCCUGAAUCUGAGAAUACAAGAACGAAGUCUCCUACACCACCUGUGGUUACAAGCACACCCCAGCCAUCUGAGAAAGGUGCCGAGCCCAGCCCUGCUGCAUCUCCAUCAGAAAGUGCAACAAUUGCUCCUGCACCAGCACCUGUUGAAGAGAAACGUGUUUACAUCUGCAGCCGAUGCCCAUAUGCAUUCCAUCGACGUGAGACCGUUGUGAAUCACCUUCAGCGUCACGGCACUUCAGAGGGAAUGUGCUGUACCUUCUGUGACUAUCGUUCUGUGCAUAUGUCAACUCUGAGGGACCAUGCAAGGUGUCAUUUUCAGCCGAUGCGCCACUACAAGCCACAGGCAUACAUGAAGUGUGAUUCGUUGGAAAUUUGGAGUACGGCCAGUGAUGGCACCAGGACAUUGCUAUUUCGAGAUGACGGAGAUGAUAAUUAUUGUCCGAAACUUGAUGACUGUGAUGAUGCUGGUGAAGAUGAUGCAACACCAUCAAGCCCCACUUCAUCAACACCAACAUCCUCAUCAAGUUCAUCAUCAACAGUGUCCAGCUCUCCUGAACUACGCUUGAAUAAUAAGGAUCUUGAGCCUCCAGUUGGGGUACCUGUUAAGCAAGAGGUAGAUGACGUAGUUCUGGCAAGCAAGGAAACACUUGAGGACUUGGUGAGCAGUGUUGUUGUACUCAAUGACUCAAAAGAAGAAAUGCCUCCUGGUUGUAAGACUCAAGUAGUCAACAUUGUUGUCUUGGAUGGCACCAAACAGCUGAACGAAAUUGAAGAAGUUGAAGCUGCGCAUACAGAACACAAAAGUGAAAGCGAAACUGAAUGCAAAGAAGAUGGAGAAAGUGCACAAGACCUCUUUAAUCGUAUUUGCAAUCCUGAUGCCAUCGAGUAUGAAGACAUGGAAGAUGAAAAGGAUGUGUACUGUGAGGCAAUUGUUGAGGAUCCAGAUGUUACUGAUGUCGAAUGUGAAACUGUUGAUUCUGCUGACCGUGGAGCUCUUGUUGCAGGCACAGACCCUGUGCUGAAAGCUGUUAAGCAUCCUGAGGACAGGGAGUUCUUGGAUUUAAGUGAAGCAGGUGAAUGUGAAAUGGCUGCAGAGUGUAAGGACACAUUACUGCACAGUAUAGAGCAGAACAGUCAGCUUUCAACUGCAGACAUCCUAGAUGAUUCAGAAGCCUCAGCUGCUGUUACUGAUGAAUGCCUGAAAGAGGUCUUGAAAAUGGACAUAGCAUCUGAUGGAAACAGUUCCUGCAAUGUAAAGGAACUUGAAAGUAGCAGGACUGGUUGCUCCUCCAGCCUUACUGGUUUCCAAGACAGUGCAGGAGAAGGUGCUAGUGGUCAUCUAUGCAUUGGUUCAGAAGAAUCUGUCCUGUCAAAUUCGCCCAUCAAUAUAGAGUUGGACGAGUGUGGUUUUGAAGAUUCAAGGUACAAUUUACAGCCUGAGGAGAACAGCCCGUGUGAAACGCAAAGUGAAUGUGAUGAUUUUUCUGGACCCAGUGCUGUGCAAAAUGGCUCUAAGCAAAAUUAUAUUCCAUUGAGCCCUUGUGAAGAUGUCAACUUAAAUGCUCAUGAAGAUAGCUCCUGUUUUGAUGAAGAAGAUAGCAGGGCAGAAGAUGAGGAAUCGGCUCAGGUUUUGUGUGAUCUUCCAGGCUUGGGCCUCACAAACAGAGAAUCUAGUUGUCUGGAAGUAAGGGAAGAAUCGGAAGCUGUUGAGAUUGAACUUGGUGGAGGACAUGGCUGUGCUGGGGAAGGACCAGAAGCUGACGAAAUGGAUAAACUUCAAUCUGAAGCUGAUGUAGCUGCCUGCAUAGUGCAAGACGACGUAGUGGAAAUUGAAAUUGGUUCCUCACUACCUACUAUCAAAACAGAUUCUGGUGAUGAGACUGUGCUUGUACCGCAGGACGUAUUUGAAAUGCAGUCACCUACUGUGCUUCAGCAUAGCAUUGUAGUUCAGGAGCCUGACCAAGGUGACAGGCUAACUGAUGCAGCAGUACAAGGUGCUCCUGUUGACUUGGAACUUUUUCCUGAGCACAGUGACAAAGGUGGCUGUUCCUCUGAUGUUGACAGUGUUUCAGGCAUGCUUGAUGUGGCAGUGUGAUAUCGCUGCAGAAGUGGUACUACUGAAAACAUAUACUAUGUCACAGUAUUUUGCUGUGUUUUUUGAGUGAAAGUUCAGGUAACGUUCCCACUAGCAAGUUUUCUUUUUUGUUGUGUAUUUUUUUUCCAAUGUACAGACCAUUUAUCAUUUAAGUUGCUGUCUUUACGUGCACCAGUCCCCUUUUACAUUUAUUAUUGUAGUUCGGGAUCACUUUUGGCUGCACAGUGUUGUGGUUCUAAUGUCUCCGGUGCUGUCAUUUGGCUAUGGCAGCAAUAGAUUUUUAUUGCCCACUUGAUGGAAACACCUAAGGCCUUUUUAUAUAUAUAUAUAUAUUAUAUACACAUAUAUAUACAUACAUAUGACUAUAUAAAAGAAAAACUACCUGCUGCAUUUUUUAGCAGUUCUACUGUCAGUCUGCUUGGUGUAUUAAUAGUGUACAAUGCUAGCUGCACCUUUUGUAUUUAUCAACUCUUUUUGUGCCCUUUUAUAUACAUGUUUACAUGCUUAGUUGCCUUUAUAUAAUGAUUAUUAUUAGCAGUUAUAGAAUUUUGCACUGUAUGGCAAUUGGUUAAUUGUUGUGUUUUGCAUUGUUUUUGGUUAACUGAUAUGUUUUGCCCAUUUAUAAAGAAGUUGCAGUGUAUGGUUAUUUAUCUUUGUAAUUAAGCUCUUCAAAUUGUGCUGUGCUGUAAAAUGAUUACACAUUUGUAGCAAGAGAGAUCAGUGUAUGACUGUGGUCCUCAGUCCCUUGAGCUUGCAAGCUUUUUUUUUUUUCCUAGUCAAGUUCAUACCUGGUAUGUAGUAACUGGACUAUCGUAUAAAACUUGUGGUUGUGGGUAUGUCAGAGUGCACAUGUUGCUGCAGUGUAUGAUUGAAUGUGUGGUUUUCACCCAGAGUGACCUCCCCUUUCCUUUGUUUUUUAUUUAUCAUUACUGUUGUGCAGAACUGUUGGCUUUGGUAGCUGCUUGUCUUCUAAGUUGUUUCAGGUUCAUGCAUCAUUCAUGCACUGUGUGUAUAGUUGUGUCAACACUGCAAGUUCAAGUGUAUACCUGUGUGUUAUGGCACGUAUUGGGGAAGGGGGGAAGAACACAUGGACCAUUUAUUUGCUGCAGCCGCAGUUCCCUUGUGUUGCGUGAUCUGCAUAUAGUUUGUGCAAAAAAAAAAAAAAACGCUGAAAAAAGCGGCACAUUUUGUUCCGAAAUCGUCACAAGCUCAGGUCAAUUGUAAUUGUGGAUCGAUACCGAACCUCAAUGGUUGAGUGAAUUGUGAGAGUGUUGUGCCACUUCCAAGGGGCUCAAUAUUAAGCGAUUGCUAGUUCAACCAAAUUUUGUGUGGAGACCAAAAAAGUCUGUAGAGAGAAAGAACUUUAAUUGUGCUUGGCUGUUGACAAUAAAGACAUCAGACUUCUUGCUUUAUA